CAUGUUUGCAUAUAAUUGCUUCUCAACAUUAACAAUAACAUGAACCCACUGUCACGGCAGCCAAGAGCAUAAAACUGAGAGAAAAAGAUCGCAAAGGGUGCAGACCUGAGGACUAUAAGAGGAAGAGCGAGACAUGAACGGCAGAGAUUACGGUAAGAGUCUGUCGAAAGAGAUGUUGAAGCUGAUACCCUCCCAUUUCAUCAGCGCAAAUGAAUCCACGAUCAUGCUGCCACCUUGCGAUAAUAUCGGAAACGGAACUUUCGAGGAGCAUCAACACGACUGGGUAAAUGUGACGAAUUUUAACGCAUCUGGAGCCGUUGGUUCAAUGUACGUCAACUGCCUCGAACAUUCUCCCCAGCUGACGUACAACGCCUACGUGAAGGCGGUAGUGCUCGCUGUAAUGGCGGCGCUCAGCCUACUGGCGAAUGCCGCAACAAUUUACUCGAUAACAAAGAAUCGGCGGAAAAGGCAGAGCUGCACUGCCAUUUACACCCUAAUUCUCCACCUGUCAGUGGCUGACCUAUUAGUCACUGUCUUCUGCAUCGCCGGUGAGGCGCUAUGGAGCUACACCGUCGCUUGGAUCUGGGGUAAUGCCGCGUGCAAGAUAUUCAAGUUCCUACAGAUGUGGAGCCUAUAUCUGAGCACCUUUGUACUCGUGUUGAUCGGCGUCGAUCGGUUCGUCGCUGUUAGGUACCCUAUGAAGAGGCUCAAUACUGCUCAGCGUUGUAGCCGGCUCGUGCUAUUCACCUGGGUGAUUUCCUUCGUUCUCAGCAUACCUCAGUUGGUGAUAUUUCACGAAGCAAGCGGGCCCUUCGUCGAAGAAUUUCGGCAAUGUGUCACCCACGGAUUCUAUACGGAGCCAUGGCAGGAACAACUCUACACGACUCUCAGUUUGAUUUUCAUGUUUCUGCUGCCUCUAGUUAUCUUGAUAUCCACAUAUGUAUCGACCGUAGUGACGAUAUCUCGCAGUGAGCGCGUAUUCAAAACUGAACUUGCCAACAGUAACAUGAAUCACGUAUCCGGGGACGUAAAUCGACGCCGUCUGAUGCAUCGCGCCAAGACUAAGUCCUUACGAAUCAGCGUCGUCAUCGUGGCUGCGUUCGUCUUAUGGUGGACGCCUUAUUAUACUAUGAUGAUCAUCUUCAUGUUCCUGAAUCCAAACAAACAUCUGAGCGAGGACCUACAAAGUGGAAUAUUCUUGUUCGGAAUGAGCAACAGCCUGGUCAAUCCGUUAAUCUACGGAGCUUUCCACCUCUGGCCACAAAGAAGACGGCGUCAAGGCAGUAAUUACAGGGACGGAUCAACGGUACAACACCGAACGACGUCAACGAACGCGAGCAUGAUGCUGGCACAAAGGGGUAGCAGUGCACGUCUAGUACGUCAACCGACCAAAAGUUCAAACCUUGCCUUGAACCUGGACCGUAGUAAUUCCCAACGCUCUGACAAGACGUCGCUCGUUCAUCUUCUGCAGGACGAAUCGCGGAACAACAACGAGAAAUCAAUCAAUGACGGACAGGCCCGCGUUGUCUUGCGGUAUGGCGGGACCGAAAACGGUACCGGGGUGCAUUUCGGUAACAAACUCGAAGAUCACCACGUCUGACUUACAAAGUCUGUGAGAA